AUGAAAAGCUCUGAGUAGCUAAAUUUAUUAAGAGAGUUAGGUAUAUUUGAACCACAAUCACAUUUAAUUUUACAUUAAUUGCAAGUUAAUUUUUUGCAAUCUUUACUUGCCCAACCAAUUUUAUUGCAAUUAGAAUAAGGAUAAGUUUGA